AAUGCACUUUCCAGUGCAUUUCUAGUCAAAAAAUAAUCUCAAGGGGUUAUGUGCAACAGCAUCAGACAAGACUCUUUAAUAUUGGCAAUAUUGUCAAGCGACAGCGUGGCUAUGAGAAAAAGGAAUUAUUGGGCUACUCCAUGCAAGAAAUGUAUUCUGUGGUAUCGGAUGUAACAAAUUACCAACAAUUUGUGCCGUAUGUCAAGAAGUCUCAUGUCCACAGUAAACACAGUAACGGCUUUAAGGCAGAUCUCAUUGUGGGUUUUCCACCCCUACACGAGGUGUAUACCUCAAAUGUUACACUGAAAAAUCCCACCCUUGUCACAUCCGAAUGUAAAGAUGGCCGGCUCUUUGAUUAUCUCCUUAACGAAUGGCGUUUUAGUCCCGGUCUAAAAGAUAUACCACAGUCGUGUGUUUUAGAUUUUAAAGUACAUUUUCAAUUUAAGUCGCUGCUGCACAGUAAUAUUGCAAAUUUGUUUUUCGAUUUAAUAUGUGAUCAAAUGGAACAGGCAUUUGUUGCCGAGGCGAAGAGACGUUACGGGGAGGCAUCGAUAAAAUCACAUAUUUUAUCAUCGAAACGAUCCUGA